AAGUGCGGAACUCUCAGCUGUGUGCCUCGCGAAGUGCGGAUCGGAGAAGCCAGAAAGUCGCAGAACGCUGAAAAAUCCUCGCCAGCGUCACGCAACGUGCAUGUAUGUGUAUGUCCGUGUGCGUGGCAUUGUUGAAUGAACUCUGCUGUCCAGUGGGUGUGCGUGUGUGUAGGUGUGGGUGUGUAUGUGUGGGAGGGCAGGUGGGAAAGCGAGUGUGUGAAGGAAGAGGUUGGGUUGAUGACGACACAGAGCGCAGCACUGAGACUGUCUGACGGUUCACCAACACACACACACACUCGCCGCUCUACGCUCAGCUAUGUGCUACAGCUACAGCAACAACAACAUCUAAUACUACAACGACAACAACUACAACGUAAAUGCAAAAAUGUAAAACCAUAAAUAGAGAAUCCCCACAACAAUAACAACUACUACUACUACUACUAACGACAACUACAAGGCAGUGGCAGAAAUCAUAGCACACCGUCAGGCGCACGUUAACUUAACAUGGUUUGCAUACUGCACGGAUAUUACGAUGCACAGCCUAAAAUGCGUUUUAGCCUCUCACCACCGCCACAGAAAGCCAUUAGCAGCGCCCGCAUAACCUCGCCCACCAGCAGCACCACCAACCGCAGCACCACCAUCGCCAGCAGCACCUCCUUCCCCGGCAGCAAGCAGAAAAGCAGCAGCAUGCUGACCCGCAAUGGCGGAGGACCCGGGAGCACCCCCACUGCCCCCACUGCCGGAGGCACAGGCCAAGCCACCGACGAUGACGCCGCCUCGGACUACAACCAGUGGCUCCAUGCUAUGAAGCUGGUGGCUCGGCUGCCCGGAGGAACGCCCCCCGAAUUUCGACGCAAGUUGUGGCUCUCAUUGGCGGACAAGUACCUCAAGUCUAAGAACGUGGACUGGGCAGAGCAGCGGGAGAAGUGCUUUUGCGAGGAGUGGCGCGAGGACGACGAGGAGUUGGGCAUCCAAAUUGUCAAGGACCUCCAUCGCACGGGGUCAAAUCUGUGCACCGGUCCCGCGGGCUCCAUCAACCAGGCCAAGCUUAAGCGCAUCCUUCUCGGCUAUGCUCGCUACAACCCCGAGGUGGGCUACUGCCAGGGCUUCAACAUGCUGGGAGCCCUCAUUCUCCAAGUUAUGGACAAGGAAGAGGAGGAGUCCAUGAAGGUCAUGAUCUACCUGGUGGAGGGCGUUCUGCCCACGGGCUACUUCUGCGGGUCGAUGGGCGGCCUUCAGGCGGAUAUGGGUGUGUUCCGGGAGCUGAUGCAAACCAGAUUGCCCCGCCUGGCCAAGCACCUGCAAAGGCUGCAGGGUCCCGUAGAGAACGCCUUUGAGCCGCCGCUGACGAACGUUUUCACCAUGCAGUGGUUUCUCACCAUGUUCUGUACCUGCCUGCCCAUGUCCUGCGUCCUGCGCGUGUGGGACCUGGUGCUUAUCGAAGGCAGCGACGUACUUCUGCGCACCGCCCUCGUCCUCUGGAGUUUGCUCGAAGAACGUGUUCUCAGCGUUCGCUCGGCCGAUGAGUUCUACGGUAAGAUGGGCUCCUAUUCGAGCGAACUUCUCAACGGCCACCUCGUAGAUUCCAAUGGCCUCAUAGAACGAGUGGUUAAGUUAGGACCCAUCGAGGAUCUUCGGAAGCUCAGGGAUAAGCAUCUCUAUAACAUAGCGCCAUUGCGUCAUAAACAGGGACUGCAGCUCUACUACGACGAGGAGGACACUCAUUCGGACGAGGAGCGCAUGGCAGUGGCUACAGUUUGGGGCUUGAACUGGGGCAGGCGAGGAUCUGUGGGUCCCGCGGCGCCCGCAAUUACAACGGCGAGCAAACAGCAAGCGGAACAGAAGGACCGGCUGGCUUUGGACAUUUCUCUGCUGAAGAAGCAGUACGACCGACUGCGGGAACGCCAGAAGCAGGCUCACGUCAUCCUAACUGCGGCCUGCUCCACGGCAGCGCGGCAAGGAUCAGGGCCGAUUCCAACCUCCGCACAAUCUGCGGCAGUACCAGUGAAUCAACUGCUCCUCGGCCGCCCAGCCAUUAUUACCAACAAAGGCAAGCGGGUCAGUGCCCCCCUGGGCGCGAUUCCUCCAGCGCGGAAACCUUCUCUGCCAGCAGUGCUCCAUAACACUAAGCCGGCAGAGAAACAACUGCGUCGCGGGGAAACCCUGCUCUGGAGGGAUACGGACGCCAGCAGGAGAAGACGGGACAGUCUUACCUGGAAGGAGAUCAAGGCGGACCGGGCAGCCAUGAUGCGCGAGGGCGUUGACUUGACCUCCGUGAAGACCCAGAAACUCCGCACGAGGUUUGGAAAGAGCGACAGCUCUUCAUACAGCGAGGACAGUGAUGGUGAGCAGGAGCCUGCUAGAAUCGGAGGAGGAGCAGCCGGAGGUGGAUCCAGCACGGACACAAGUCUCUGCGACGAUGAUGACCCCAAGUCUAUUGAAAAGAGUCCCAAGCACAAAGCUAAGCUAGCGCGUAAGGUUCUAAAAGAGCAGUCCAGGGAGUCUAGUCUGGAACGCCAAAGACCCAAAUCUUGGGCACCCAGCAGCCACGAGAUUCCUUUCAUGUUGAUGGGUGCGGAUAGUGGUGAUGAAAAGGAGAAGGACAUGGGACAGGAUGCGGCAGACAUGGCAGAAGACAGUGCCACUGAGAGCGGUCGCUUCACCUUCGACAAGGAGUUGGAUUCUGUCAGCGAUAAGUUGGAACCAUUGAAACCCUACCGCGAAGAUAGCGAAGUACCCGGCAUGACCUCCAUUAGUCCUUUGCCGCUGACCCCCAUAGAAAAGGAAACAGCAGCAGAAGGCAUACUAGAUGGUGGAGUAACCAAUCAGUAUUUCGAGAGGGUCAAUAGUGUGGAGCGUCCCAGUCGCCUAGAGCUAUCAUAUUCCCUGAACGAAGAGGAGACGGAUACGAGCUCGGUGUUCUUGGAGCAAAGGGCGAAGGUGGAGGGCCAGAGUGGGGAUAGUUUAGAGUACAAAGCUCUGCCGCCACAUCCUAUGACAGAUGACGGUAAAGUGCCUCAAAUUCGAGACGACAACAUUCCCGGUGAGAACAAGGACGACUACAAGGAGCUUCUCAGCAUGACGAUAGAGGAAAAGACCGAAGAGUACAAGUCUCCGCCCCCCAGUGUGAGUAGUUUGACUAGCGCCCAACGAAAGAGACGAGAUCCUCGACGAAGGACCUUAACUCGCUCCUCCACUAUUGAAAUCGAAGAGCGCUACCAAGCAUUGGAGCGGAGAAUCAGCCAGGAGCAGACCCUCGGGGAUAGUCGGACCCAAUCCAAGUACAUUCCCACCACAGCUACUCUGGAGGAACGCUUCCAUACCCUGGAGAAACAGCUGAGUGCUGAGAAGCAACGCAGCAAGGAUUCCACAGAUAUGGAGGCUGAAUUUCAGGAGAAGGCAGAACGCAUUCCCUCUACCGCAGAUCUCGAAACUCGAUUCAAUGCCCUAACCAAACAACUAAGCUCUAGUGAGUCCUCUUCGAAAGCCCCAAUCGAUCUCAAGGACGAUGAGCCGUCCCGAGGCAGUGGCUCCAAAGAGCAAAGUGAUAACGAAAAGACCAGCAAAUUGCAAAAAUCAGAAGAACUUGAGGCGGAGAGCAAGGAAUCUACAGCCAAAAGCGAAUCCAGUGAAGGAGAAGAAAAGAAAACGGAGGAGAAUACAGAGGAAAGGCCUCGUCUUAAGAAGCUUCCAUCCACUGCCGAGCUGGAGGAUCGAUUCAACGCCCUCGAGCGAAAGAUGAGUGUUCAAAAGAGUAGUCCGGCCAAGACGAAGAAAGAGCCACCUGAUGAGAACGUAGGUUCUAAGGACACCAGUGCGUCAAAAGAGUCGGAUAAAACUGAAAAGCAUGUUAAAAAGGUGUCUGAAGAAAAAGAUCCGAAAGCAGCUCCCAAUAAUGCUUCCAAAGAGGAAAAGCUCCCUCCGAAAGAAAGGAAUGCUAGCGAUAAUGAAUCUAAGAUACCAUCCCCGGAUAAUCCUCAAAAAGGCAGUCCCUCUAGGAAACCGAGUCCUGAUCAAUCAGAAAAAAAGGAAUGUACAAAAUCGAAUGCGGCAGACUCUGAGGAAAGUUCUUCAACUCCAGAAAGGCAAAAAACUGUUUCCACAAAGAAAGAAAGACACAAUGAAAAGGACACUAAAGAAUCGCAAUUCUUAAAAAAAUCCGAUGAAGAAUCCACGAAAAAGUCUGAAGCUUCAAAUGAGCCUAUACAGACUCCAAGAAAGUCUCCGCCAUCCACAGAGGAGCUGGAGAAGCGGUUCAAUGCUUUGGAGAAACAAUUGAGCUCCACACACCUGGAAACAAACAAAGAGCCGGAGCAAACAAAGUCAGAUGGGGAUCAUAAACUUUCUAAGGAAGUAAACAACUCUCAAAAGGCUGUCGAUGAGAAGCCCAAGUCCGUCAAGUCCUUUGAAGACAAAAUUAAUGAAGUCAAUUCUGCUUUGGUAAAGGGGCCAACCAAUAAUGAGGUAAAAGAUCAGACUCAGGAGGAGGUAGGCCCCGUCGAUGUGAGCAAGUCGCAGGCCACCACCGAAGAGAACCCUAAACAAGACUUGGGCAAGCGAAGGGCAUCCGAGCCACCUUCCACAGAAGAUCUAGAGAAGCGUUACGAGAGCCUGAAACGUCGUAUGAGCAGCAAAAACCAGUUUGGAGCCCCUAGCGAAACUGUGAUAGAAGCCCUGGAUAGGGUUGAGCAGGAGGUAAUCUCAGAGUCUGGCGAGGAGUCAAAGAAGGCACCACCGUCCACUGAGGACCUGGAAAGUAGAUUUGAAGCCUUGCAAGGCGGCUCAAAGUCAAAGGACGUUGCGAUCGAAGCACAUAUUCCAGAGCCACCUCCGCCUCCACCACCUCCUCCCGCAUUGUCCGAGCCCGUUCUCCACCACCAGCAAGCACUGAUCGCCGAGCUGCAGAGAAAGAUGGGAGGCAAGUCUCCCGGCGAGGAGAACCUCCGCCCCAGCCAGAUCAAUCCACAGAAAAAACAGAGGAAGAUUCUGCAACGACCCCCGCCCAUGGGCGAUGAGACCUCGGAAGCACCUGCAAACACGGCUUACUACCUGCCCUGUCAGCAGCAGCGCAUGGUGCGCCGGUUCUCCGACCUGCCCUCCAGGGCCGAUCUGGAGAACCGGUUGCAGUUCCUGGAGAGGCAGCUGUACAAGAAGUUCUACAAGCAGCGCUGUGCAAGUGAUUCCGAAGUUGCAUCGAAGGUCAGGAUGCUCUCCGACGACGACCAGCCGAGCACCUCCCGCCAGGCCAAGGACCAGCUAGAGCAGCGUGUCCUUGCGCUGGAGAAGCAGCUGAGCGAGAACAGCUUGAAGCUUCUCGAGGCCAUGCGGGAGCGGGAGAAGGCAGAAGCUGCGCCCAAGAGCGAUGAUAGCGGUUCCCCUCGCAGGCUGAGUACCGAAACCAUCGAUGCCACCGGCAAGGAGCUGGUGAGGUACACCCAGAACAUUGGAGACCUGGAGGAGGUAGAUGCUCACAAGCCCAUUAAUAUCAGCAUAAACAUUAAGAUGCUGUUGAACAAGGAUGGAGAGUCCAAACAGCCCAAGAGCGAGCCCAAGCCCACGACGGACGAUUUGAGGAAACGCUUGGAGGUCCUGGAGCAACAGCUUUUGGAAGAGCGGGCCAAGAAUGGCACUGUGAUCCCAGAUCCUGAACGACCGCCACAUGAUAAGCCAGAAAAGCCGGAGGAGACCGACUCUCUGAAGAAAAUAGAAAAAAAUUCCCACAACCAACACGUAAAAAGCGACGAAACCGAGAAGGUGAUCGAACCUAUUAAAGACAAAAACCCGGAACCCGAGGCUGCCAAGGAAACCAAGACUUUGAAGAACGAAGAAAAGGCUCAGGUCAGAGAAAAGGAAGUCGCUAUAGAAAAAGAACCAUCGAAGUCCGAAAAAGAAGCUUUUGUUAAUCCUGAGUCUUCUCAAGAAAAAUCAAAAGAGACUUCGGAAAAAAAUUCUCAAAAGUCAGAAGAAGCUUUCAAAAAAGAUGAACCGAAAGCGAAAACUGAAAGCCCAGUUAAAAAAUUAGAAGAAACUAUUAAAAAAGAUGACUCGAAAGCGACAGUUGAACAACCCGCUCAAAAAUCUGAAGUCAAAAAAGAGUCUUUAGCUCCGAAAACUGAAACUGCCAAAGAACCCUCCAUUGAGAGCAAAGUCACAGCAGAAAAUAUAAAAUCAUGCCCCGAGGAUGCAAAAAAGAAAGCGAAUGAACCGCCAAAAGAUACUCAAAGUUCACCCUCGAGAUCUGAAAAGCUAAAAGCUGAGGAGACUUCGAAAGAAAACAAACCUGAAGGCACUAAAGAAGGAACACCUGCUUCCACUGAUAAAAAAGAUAAUUCCAAAGCAGAAGUAGGAAACUCCUCCAAAGAGCAGGAAACAAAAUGUGAAUCAAUUAAAGCUAGAGAAUGCCAAGCUAUCAGCGAUUCCUGCGACUUAGGUUCCAUCGAUGCCAACAACAAGACCGUAGUACUUCUCAUGGACAACGAACCGCGAGCGUCGAGAGUACGCCGACUCACCAGAGCCAACACGGAGGAACUGGAAGGUCUGUUCCAAGCACUUGAGAAGCAGCUGCAGGACAGAAACCUGAUUAAAUCCGAAGACGGUCGAUUGAUAAGGGCUGAAAACAAGCCCAGUGCAGAGCAGACCGAACAGGCCCAGGCAAUCACCGAUCUUACCAAGGAAAUCGAGGACUUUACCAGCGGUAAGCCCGAAGAGAAGGAAAAGCCCCAAACCUCUAAGGACGACAAAGUUGAAGAGCCCAAGGAGACUGGAGAAGACUAUGAUUGGGGACCGAAUCCCGUGAAGCAUCAUCUGAAAAGGAAAACUGUUUACCUGCCUUCCACAAAAGAACUAGAGGCUCGAUUCCGAUCCCUCGAACGCCAAAUAAAAUUGCUUGAAGAUGUGGAGAAGAUCGAUGUCGAGCAGCGCUUAAAUGAGAUUGAGCGAAAGAUCAAACUGCAGUACUCUCUUUCCCAUGAAAAAGACCUUAACAAGUACCUGGAGCUCUGUGAAGGAAAGGGUUUGGACGACGAGGAACCCUCAGUGCCGGAGGAAGCUCCUGCCGAAACGGAGGAAACACGAAAUCCCAGAGAUCGCUCACGUAGUCCAGCCCGGAAGGUGGUCAGCAAAUCGCCCUACACCUCUCCCUCGCGGAGCAAGGCCACAAAGUCGCCUUAUACUUCACCAUCUCGGCAGCGUAAGAAGACUCCUCACUCUUCGCCAAUCCGGACGCCAGAACCAAAGACUCCCGCAAAGAGCCCUUUUACGUCCCCAGCUCGACGCCAGCCCCAUCCCAAUGAUCUGCCCAUCUCCGACGAUCUGGAGUACAAGUACAGGGUGCUUGAUCUGGUGCGGUCCAAGUCGAAAGAGAAUCUGGCCAAGCGCAUGAACGAUCCCAAUCGCAAACCGGCCGUGCAUCCACUUGAGUUGCUACUGUCCCCCAGUCCAGACGAGAGCAAGAUUCCCACAACGGGCGAGCUGGAGCACAGAAUACGAGUUCUGGACGAAAAGCUGAAAUCGCCUUCCAGAUCCCGGCCGAAGUCCCGAUCUAGAUCUCCUACCAUCGAGGAUAUAAAAAGGCAAAAGAUGCGUGAUAAUCAGAAGCCCAGGACACCUGUUCACAACCUGGAGCGGCUGGUCGGAUCGCCCGGCCGGCCGGAACCACCCACUGCUGAAGAGCUCGAAGAACGCAUCCGCCUGCUGGAACAGGAGCAGAAGUUCGACUUUAAGACCCAAAAGGACUAUAAAGCAUUCAAUCAAAAGCUGAAGGACGUGAUCUCCCCAUCGCUCUCCUUCGAAGAGUUCAGGGCCGCCAAGUCCCGGGAGCAGAGUCCACGCCGCCACGGCGCCACCACUCCCAAAUCAGCCCUGCGCCGAGACGAUUACGACGACGGCAUCACCACCCACUAUCACCGCCCCACCAGCCCGAAGGUCAUCCGCUUCCGAGACGAGGACGAAGAUGAGGACCGAUUCGAGGAGUCUCCGCCCCGGAAGCAGCGCACAUCCAGCGAUCGAAUGGUUAGCUUCAACAAUGUCGUUUUGGACUGUUUAAGGGAGAAUACUAAAAUCCUUCAACGUAUUCUUAAGAAGACUCUUGCAGAUCAGCCGUCGGCCAUACGCAGCUACGCCAACAGCUCGGAGGGUUUGGAUGCCCUGGGGAGUCGCCUCAUGAGGGAAACCUCUCCCAUAACCCGAACUGGAACCCACACGGGCGUGCCACUGCGAACUGGAGAGAAUAUCAACGACCGCUUGAGUUCCAUCAAGAACACUAUCAAGUCCAUCGACACGCUCUGCGAGGAAAAACCCUACCAGAAGGAGAAGUGCCAGCGCUACAUCGACUCCCUCUUCUCGGACUCCCUGCACUUUUCCAGCAAGAAGAGUUCUCUAGAGGACUUGAGGACCCAAAGCAGAAGCGAGAGCAGAGGCAGGAGCCGAGAUUACGCGCCCUCCAUACGAGUCACCUCCGAGCACCGUUCACUGGGAUCGGAAGAGGACUCUCGAAAGAGUCCGCUGCGGACACGGGAUCAGAGCCCACUGCAUUAUCGAUCGCACAGGGAGCUCAGCAGGGAGGUUUCGCCGAGGAGGAGGCGCCAAGAAGAGGAUGAGGAGGAGGCGCAGCGUAGGGAGCGGGAGAGCAGUAGGGUAAGACGUGAUAACUUGUUGCCAAAUUAUUUAAAGGAUAAUCGUAGCGAACUAAGUGGAGGGAGUAGUUUAACCGGGUUUAACCACCACAAAGUAGAUAGACAACUAGAAGAGACCUGCGCCAAGUACGCGGAGGACGCCCGACGCUCGGCCUGUCGCACACCGCUCAGCCACCCGUACGAGACACGAUCCACCGCAGUUAGAGCCACACCACGUCACUACACAGAUCCAGAUCCGGCAGGGACAUCAGGGACGGGAAUAGGAGCGGGAGCAGGAGCAGGAGCCUCGACAGAUAGCUUUCCCCGGCCCGUAUCGCCCUACCGCCAGCCAUAUGACCCAUACCGACCCAUUGGUGGUGCAGGCGCCAGUACCACCCCCGUAUAUCAGCCCGCCAAGCUGGAGAUCCGCCACACCACCGUGACCUCCACCUUCUAUGACCGGUUUCUUACGGAAAAAAAGAUUGAGCGCUCCCGUCCACCCAGCCGCUCGCCUGUGGUUUCGCCCUCGGUGCCGGCCAAGAGCUAUGGGUCAGAUGUGGAGUUUCCUAGCAGUAGCACCACCACCUCAGCUCCAUCUUGCACCACCACAACUACUGCCUUUAGCACCACCUCAUUCAUGUCCCGCAGCUAUGGGGGCACCUCUUUUUCGCUGCCCUCGAGCAGCAACUACUCCUACUUGAGUGGUGUAUCUGGGAUCUCGGGCUCCGCCACUUCCCCCCGGGCUAGUUGCUCGGACCUUCGUUCCUCGCCAGCCACAUCCUUUCUCAGCACCACCACAUCCUCCGCCGUCCCCACCUCAUCUUAUGUGCCCUUCUGCUUCAGCAGCUCGUUCUCCACUCGACUGAGUGAUCCCAUUACCAGCACCCCAGUGACCACAUCCAGCUCCCUGACGCAUUCCACGGGCGUCUACAAUCCCAUGAUGUCCUUCACUCUGAGGGAGCCACUUGGCAGCAGCACUGCUUUGGGUGGGUCAAGUGCCUCCCCCCUGGGCCAGUAUCAGUUCAAGAGCGUGUUCACCUCAAACUUCGGCAAAGACGCGGAAAAGCCAUAGGGAACCACACACAUCAGUCGUUAACCAAGGUUGUCCAUAAACAUAGCAUUAACCUCUCGAAAGAUCUUUUAAAGUAAAGCAAACCCUAUUAAAGCUCAAAUGGAUGACGCUGGACAUGAAAAUCAUCUAAAAUCAGGAAUCAGACUAGAACAUUUCAAAGAGCAGAGGCCUUAAAUACAUAGUUUUUUGAGCAGAGUUCUGGCGUUAGAUAAUCUUCUUUCCCAGCGAAUGUACCAGCUCUUGCUAAGCAAUAUACACAGUUAAUAUUACCAACGUUUAUCAACAGUUUUAGGGGACGCCCUACUAAUAUUAUAUAGUAAAGUAUCUCUAUAAUGUAAUGAAUCCUUGCGAAUCGAAACCUUAAUUUCAAGCUACUCUUGCACCAAACCAUUUGGCUUCUUGCAACUUACCUCAUCUACAUCUGACAGCACCAGCUCGCCUCUGAUCAUACACUCAGAUCUGAAAAGAUUUUUAUACAAUCUAUAUAUAUAUAAAUA